AUGGCGAGCCACGCCCACGAGCACGGCCUCUACCUCGACCCGGCCGCGCUGGCCUACUCCUGGGCGGAGCCGGACAGCAUCCCGCCGCAGCUCCUCGUGGCCCUCGGCGAGUACCUCUCCUCCUCCUCCUGCUCCUCCCCCACCGCCGGCCACCCCGACGCCGACGCCGAGGCGGACGACGACGACUUCAUGAUGUACGAGUUCAAGGUGCGGCGCUGCGCGCGCGCGCGGAGCCACGACUGGACCGCCUGCCCCUACGCGCACCCGGGGGAGGCGGCGCGGCGCCGGGACCCGCGCCGCGUCGCAUACUCCGGGGACCCCUGCCCGGACUUCCGCCGCAGGCCCGGCGGCGCCGCCUGCCCGCGCGGGACGGCCUGCCCGCUCGCGCACGGCACCUUCGAGCUCUGGCUCCACCCGUCCCGCUACCGCACCCGCCCCUGCCGCGCGGGGCCCGCGUGCCGCCGCCGCGUCUGCUUCUUCGCGCACGCCGCGGGCGAGCUCCGCGGCUGCAAGGGCGGGGCCGCUGGGGAGUACUCCUCGCCGCUCGCGCUCUCGCCCAAGUCCACCCUCACCUCGCUCUGGGAGUCGCCCCCGGUGUCGCCGGUUGAGGGCAGGGUCGUCCGGUGGGUGGAUGAGGACGACGCCGAUGCCGAGGUCGAGGAGCUCAUGCUCGCCAUGCGUCACCUCAGCUUCGCAAAGGCCAAGCCGUUUUCUUCUCCGGGAGCGCAGCAGGUGCUGCCGCCGGUGACGGAGGACGACGGGCCAGACCUCGGCUGGGUGUCCGAGCUGGUCAUGUGAGCAAGAGAUCAUCACCUCGAAGAUUGCCAGGCGGCUCGCUCAAGACAGCUCCAUUAAGCUACUAGCUUAUUAUUAAUUCUACAAUUUCCGGGACUGCAUCAUUCUUCUGUACAUAAACAAAUGCCUAGUAUGGUGCAAGCUGAAUACAGCAAAUUUGUAAUCUAAGUGUGGCAUGCGUCUGCCCCCUUUUUUCCGAGACCAUAAGUGGUUUUGGAUUGUUAAUUAACCAGUGUAAAAAAACGAGUGUAAUGGCUCGUCCCUGUUUCGUGAUCUAUAUCAUUUGAUGUACCUAUAUUAUUGCCAAAUGCGGCAUUUAUCUAAUAAUAAUGUCUUAGUUCCAAAUGAA